CACAAACGGUCAGCUUAGAUAUUAGAGGGAUACAGAAAUACUCAGAAAUAUAUUUGUAGAGGCUACAUACGAUCAGUAGCUAGCUGGAUACUCCCCGUUGUAACAAUGAAGCAUGGUGAUCUGUCUGAAGAGUAGAUUUAUUUAGAAGUGCAUCAACAACGGAAACAGAUGGCAGGGGCGCUAGAGAGCUCGUCUAUUUGCAGAAGCUUUUUUUUUUUUUUUUUAGAGAUGGAGAGUGACGGCUUUUAGACUUCUGCCUUCAGUUAGUCAAGUCAAGUGGACUGUGGAAGCAGCGAACUCCGUAUCAUAGCAGCAAUAUUACAUGGUUAUUAGUCGUACAUUUGUCUCGUUCACAUGACGGAGUGUUGCCAUCCCGUGGCAAUGGAUUUCACUGCAGCAGAGAAGCAGGAGUUAGAGCACAUAAAGGUUCACAAGCAGGACCUUUUAGAUGACAUACAGAAGUUGAAGAUGGCUAUUGAGAACGUGAUGGCCGGUAUUCAGGACUUCGAGUCCACUGAGGAGAGCAAACUUAUUGAGAGGGGUAAGCAGUUGUCCAGAGGGAAGAAGAAAUUCAACAUGGAUCCCAAAAAGGGUGUUAACUACCUAGUGGAAAAUAAACUGCUGGAGAAGACCCCUCAACGUUUGGCCGAGUUCCUGUACAAGGAGGACGGCCUCAAUAAAACUGCCAUAGGAGACUUCCUGGGAGAACGGGAGGAGUUGCACCUGCAGACGCUGAAGGCCUUCGUUGAACUCCACGAGUUCUCAGACCUGAACCUUGUGCAGGCUCUAAGGCAGUUUCUGUGGAGUUUCCGUCUCCCGGGCGAAGCGCAGAAGAUCGACCGAAUGAUGGAGACCUUCGCCACGCGCUAUUGUGACUGCAAUGCAGCCGUCUUCCAGUCCACUGACACGUGCUACAUCCUGUCGUUCGCCAUCAUCAUGCUGAACACCAGCCUGCACAACCCCAACGUGAAGGAGAAGACCACGCUGGAGCGCUUCUUCUCCAUGAACCGCGGCAUCAACAACGGAGAGGACCUGCCCAAUGAGCUGCUCACGAAACUGUAUGACAGCAUACGGAAUGAGCCUUUUAAAAUCCCAGAGGACGAUGGGAACGACCUCACACACACCUUCUUCAACCCUGACCGAGAGGGCUGGCUCCUGAAAAUAGGAGGAAGAGUGAAGACGUGGAAGAGGAGGUGGUUCAUCCUGACUGACAACUGCCUGUAUUACUUUGAGCACACCACUGACAAAGAACCCAGAGGUAUCAUCCCGCUGGAGAACCUGUGCGUCAAAGAAGUGGCGUGCCCACGCAAACCGUACUGCCUGGAGCUGUUCCACCCCAACAGCAAAGGGCAGAAGAUCAAAGCGUGUAAGACGGAGACAGACGGACGGGUGGUGGAGGGGAAACACCAGUCCUACAUGAUCUCUGCAGGCACGGCCGAGGAGCGGGACGACUGGAUAGAGUCUAUCAGAGCCAGUAUAACCAAGGACCCAUUCUACGAUCUCGUCUCGGUGCGCAAGAGGAAAGUCAUCAACCAGGCCGCCCAAGACUGACAGCUCCAGAGUGGCGGUGCAGCAUGGGAAAUGUAGUUGCUCUGGGUUAAAACGCUCAGUCUGCUUUGUUGAGCAUGAAGCAGUUGUUUGGACAUUCGUCAAAGAAACAAACACAAAAAGAAACAAACAAAAAAAGGCCUCCAACGGCCGGCUUGUGGUCACUUGCCCUUUUUUUUGUGACAUGAAGGAUAGGUUUACUGUAUGUUUGUCAGCAGCAUUACAGGAAGGGCUUUGUUUUUAACAGGUUGACCAAUGAGGAAGCUGCGUGGGGGGAGGGGGAGGCUUUGUAUUUGCAUAGAUACUAUCGUCAGCACUGCUGCGGUGACUGACCCAGUGCUCACCCUCUGAACUGAACCUGAGUUGGACCUGAUAGUCAACUGGAUGAACAGAACUGGUUGGCACAGCACUGGAGGUCAAAACUCUGUGCAUAAACAAUGUCCAUCAUCAGGAAAUGGAGAAAUGUAUAUAUUUUGUGAAGUAGACACUAUGCCUCAAAAAAGACUGAAUCAGUUUUUUUGUUUCUCAGCAGCGGGCUAAACCUGGGACUGUCUAGGUGUUAGCGUCUUUAUGCUAAGAUACAGUUUCCUGUGUUGUUAAUGAGAAAAUAUCAUAGCCUUGUUAUAAAACACUGGUACAAGCCAUAAAUGAAGGAACACUGUCCUCAUGACACAGUGGCACGCUAGUUGGUGGAUCUGAGUACAUGUUGAUAGUGUUGGGUACAUGUUGAUAGUGUUGGGUACAUGUUGAUAGUGUUGGUCGGUACUGGGAAUGACUGGUUAGGGCUUCUGAAGAGAACUCAUGUUAUGCAGGAUUACAGCACAGUGGUGCUUUGAGCUCAAAUACACACACCAGGACUUCUUUUCUGUAUGAGGCUUAAAUUUACAGCAGAGUUUAACACCAUUCAAGUGCUAAUACUGUAUGCAAACUAUAGUUGUUUCUGCAGUAGAUCCAAAUCUACACUGUGGAAGCUUCACUGGUCUUUUGGGUUUUGCCAUGGGUAUUUUAGUUCCAUGGAUAUCUUUUGUAAAUGUAAAAUGUUGCCAUUGUAGUAGUUGUUUGACUUGAAUAAUGAUAUUGUAUCUGGGUUGGAAAUAAAAUGUAAUAAUAAUAAUAA